AGGGGCCGGGCCGGGCAGCGACGCUUCCUGCGGGUGGUGCCGGCACGGAGACGGAAAGGAUCCAGGCGUCUGGGAGCAGCUGCAAAGGCAAUGCCGGUGCCGAGAGAGACUGAGAACCCAGGCGUCCGGGCCAGAGGAAAGGCCAGGGGGCCCCGCUCCAGCCAGCUGGCAGGACCCGCCCCAAAGAACCCAGGCAUCCGGGGCGGAGAGACCCAAAGAUACCCCCAGAUGGGACUGGUGGAGCCAGAGACCCCAGGCAUCCGGGGACAACCUGAGGUGGAUGAGACCCCCCUAACAGCGGAGAAUCCAGGCGUCCAGGACGGAGAACCCCAGAUCCCCUGCUCUGCCAGGUUGGGAGGACCAGAGGUCCCAAGCGUCUGGGGCACAGAGACCCGGAGACCCCCCUCUACCAGGCUGGUGGGGCUAGAAAACCCAGGUGUCCAGGGUGGCGAAGCCCAGAGACCCUCCUCUAUUGGGCUGGUGGGCCCAGAGAACCUAACCAUCUGGGGGCAACCUGGGGUGGAUGAGACCCCCCGAACAGGAGAGAACCCAGGUAUCCAGGACAGAGAACCACAGAGAUCCCGGUCUCCCCAGCUGGCGGGCCCAGAGAACCCAGGUGUUCAGGGUAGGGAAGCCUGCAUCCCCCCUUCUACCAUGCUGGCAGGCCCAGAGAACCUAGACGUCCGGGUCCCCUGGGCUGGGGGGGGUCCCGUGACCCUCAACGUGGGGGGCAAGCUCUACACCACCACGGUGGAAACGCUGACCCGCUGCCCUGACUCCAUGCUGGCUGCCAUGUUCCGGGGCGGGCCCCGCCCAUCGCACAUGGACAGACAGGGCCAUUACAUCAUCGACCGUGACGGCCCUACCUUCCGCCACGUGCUCAACUUCCUGCGGACGGGGCAGCUCCAGCUCCCUGAGGGCUACUCUGAGCUGGGACUACUGGCCACCGAGGCUGACUUCUACCAGCUCCACCCUCUCCAGGAAGCCCUGAGCCAAUGGGACGCAGUGCAGCGGAGGCUCGGCUCAGCAGCAGUGCUCCACAAUGCAGUGGACCACCCGCUCCACACUGACGUGGACACCCAGCAGCGCGUGGUGCACUUCACAGUGAGGGCUGGGCGGCAGUGCUACGAGCUGGACUCCUGCGCCCUACGGGUCUUCACAGCCAAUGUCUUCUGCACUGACAGGGGCUUCAUGGACGCCUUCCGGGCCCGGCUCAGGGGCACUGGCAAGGCCCCCAGGGCUGGGGUCCUGGGGAAGGCAGGGCCUGGCAACAGCCUCUUCUUCCAAGAGGAGCAAGAUGGCCCUCAAGGUCAAGUCAACAUUGACCAACAGGCUCAAGUCAAUGUUGGCCAAUGGGGUGCUGGCAGGGAUGGACCACAAGAUGGCGCCGGCGAGGGCGGGGGGGACAGAGCCAAAAGGCAGCAAAAUGGAGGCGAGGUAGGUCAAGCACAUGAUGUCAUUGGCAGCCAGUGGAAUGGAAGCAGCUGUCGACAGUAUGGCGCCAGCAGCGACGGAUGGGAAGGCAACAAACAUCAAACGGGUGGAGCCAGCAUCAGCCAACAGGACAGCAUUGACCGUCAAUGGAGUUGUGGCAUUGGUCAACGGGAUGAUGCCGCUCAAGGGAGCAGAGCCCAAACUGGCCAAUGGGAUGGCACCGCGAGUCAACGAAGAGUUGGCGUUGACCAACAGGAAGAGGCUGAUCAAAGGGGUGGCCAAUGGGAGGAGCCAGAGGCUGGGAGUCGCCACCACCUGCGACUGGAGUGGGCACCGCGGCCAGUAGUCAUGCCGGCAGACGAAUAUGCAAAACAGGGGGUGUGGCCUCUGCACACUGUGCACCCCGGGGGACGGGAGCUGGCCACGCCCACCGACUUCCUGGAGGAAGUGCUCAAGAUGGCGCUGGCCCAUGGCUUCCACCUGGACUCCACCUUCCCUGACCCCAGUGACCUCCUCACUGCCCGCUCGCUGCGAUUCAUCCGCCCCUGAUGGGGGCGGGGGUUACAGUGAGGGGGCGGAGCUUCCUGGGGAGCUCCACCCUUCCUGCCCCAUCUACCUCCAGCCACAGGGGGUGCUGCCCUGCUUGGAGCCUGAGGACCCCCCCACCAAUGGGAGAGGAAGGGGCGGGGCCAGAAAGAUUCCAAGCCCCGCCCCCAGAAGACUUGAAGGAUUUCCCCCCCACCCCCCACGGGGGCGGGGCAGGACUAUGAUACCAGACGCCUGGGUGGGGGGAGCUGGGAGCCCCCCAGGGGCGUGGCUUGCUGGGGUGGCAUGGGAGAGGGGGGGGCUUGUGCACCUGCUGUAUCACGUGUGGGCGGGGCCUACUGGGAUUUAAAGGACCAGGCUUGGAAUAAAAGAGUGACGGAACAGGCGUGUGCUGGGGGGGAGUGCCUUUAAGAGGAGACGGGACCCAGGCGAUAGGCCACGCCCGUUCCCCAUAUUAUGACAAUCCCAUCUUUGAAGUCGCGGAGCGGGCAGGGCGUGUUCUAACGGCCCCGCCCCGGAGGGCUGAGAAGGGGGCGUGGCUUACCGCAGCAGGGGCGGGGCCCGCGGAACGUGACGUCCUGUAUAACAGCCGCAGCUGGCAUGGAACCAUAGAGCGCGGAUCUGCCCUCUCCUGCCACAGAGCUAUCUCCCAGGGGCACUUACAUGCCCGCCGAUUACUGGGAUCUACACCACCACCCCCCACAUUUGAACCCCAGGGACUAUUUGUCCCCCUGGGGCCAGGAUCUACCCCACCACAUCCACCCUCCAGGGGCUAUUAUCUGCCCCCCAGGGAUGGGCUGUACCCCACUAGCCUGUACAUCUGCCCCGCAGGGGCUCUUAUCUGCCCCCUGCCUUCCUCUGCUGCUGCUGCUGUCCCUG